GUCAGUCUCAGUCUCAGUAGUAUGUCGCUGGACGGCGAGCAGUUCGGUUCGAAAAAAUCCUAGAAUGGUCGCUAUCAGCUAGCCUUAUACCUAGCUAAUUCGAUAAAGUUCUUCCGAUCACACCGUAGGACUGUCUGUAUGAGGGUAGAGUGGAAUCGUCUUCUCGGGUCGGAUUUCCAAAUCUACCGGAUCAACAACAAUCGUGCGUCUCCAUUGCGAAGAUAAACGCUAUCAUUUAAUAUAGAUGAAAGCGGAACGUGGGUGAAUUAACAUCUAGCUCGCUGUUGCCUCGUCGGAGAAAGCUGAGAAAAAAAACUUAAGCUGGCAAUUUGAAUCGAUUAGAAUUGAUGGCAGCGAGUUGUCGACCCGGUAAACUUCGUGUUAUUGUGUAGUAGUUUUCCAUCUAUUAAACGUCCACAGAGCGUGGAAUUUCUCAUGUUUGAGGAAGCCGCGCGGCGACGUUCGUUCUGGUUAAAGUUCGCGACCUUUGCACACAAACCGUGCGGUAGCAUCGAUUAAAGAAACAUCCCCUGGCUGGUACCGCAUAUUUUAGUGGAGUUUAGGGGGUAAGCAGUGAUACGACAUUCUAAUAGCUAAGUGGUGCUUCGAUAAAGCAAAUUACUGUCGAUACAGCUAGAAGCCGCUUUUAGCACCUCGAGACUUGUGAGCGAAGCGGACUAGAAAAGAAAAACGAAUUUUCCACACACUUCUAGGCCCACCCCUGGAAUUAUAGAGAACACUAUCAGCAAACUAACGACUUACCCAUAAAGAGACGAAAAAGUGUUACAGCAUAUAGUGGUUUUCACCCUGUUCAAACGAGUCAGUGCAAGUGCGAACUACUUUUUGAGAUUUUGUUCUAUUACCCUGCGAACCAACAGUUGCGUAGUUGUAACAGUAGACAUACUUACACGAAUUCAAUCAAUAACCGUCUCUGAAGUGUGACGUCGAGCAAAGAAAAGUUUCCCGAAGCAAGUUCCUCAACGAAAUGGAAUGGUGGCUGGCAGCGUUAGGUAUCCUGUUGAGGGUGCUAAACUUUGUGAUACGGCCGCUGCUGAAAUUUGUCGGUGGAUCCCGGCGGAAAACGCCAUUUCCGGAAAUUCUGAACGAAAUGCUGGAAAUUCCGGCCGUUGAUCUAGCCGAGCGCAUUAGAAACAAGGAGCUUCGGUCGGAAGACAUCGUGAGGGCCUAUAUCGAUCGCAUCCGGGAGGUGAAUCCGCUGAUCAAUGCGGUCGUCGAAGAACGUUUUUCGGCAGCAAUCGACGAGGCCCGGAAGGCGGAUGAAAUGAUCGCCAACAUGCAAACGAUCUGGCUAAUCAAGACCUACCCACUGUUAGGAGUUCCAUUCACCGUAAAGGAAAGUUGUGGGCUGAAAGGUGCACUCUUCACCGGCGGUUCACUGCCAAGGGCGGGCAUCAAGGCAAGCUGUGACGGUGAGGCGGUGGCACUGCUGAGGGCGGCCGGAUGCAUUCCUCUGUUGGUGUCCAACACGCCGGAAUACUGUCUCAGCUGGGAGUCGUACAACCACAUCACCGGCCGUACCCUCAAUCCGUACGACAACCGACGAACGGCCGGCGGCUCAUCCGGUGGUGAGGGUGCCCUGAUCGGGUCCGGCGCGUCCCUGUUCGGCGUCGGUAGCGAUGUGGCAGGCUCGAUCCGAAUGCCAGCUCUAUUCAACGGCAUUUUCGGUCACAAACCGACGGCAGAUGUUAUCUCCAUCAAGGGUCACUUUCCGAUGGCUUCCGAUCCGAAGUUCAGCCAGUUGCUAACGGUGGGUCCCAUGUGCCGAUACGCGAAGGAUUUGCCAGCUUUGGUCCACAUCAUGGCGGGAUCCCGGGCGUACAAGCUGCGGCUGGACGAAACUGUCUACACCAAAGAUAUUAAAAUCUUCUACAUGGAAGAUUUCGGUUUCGAUCUACGAAUGAUACCAGUUGACGAGGAGAUCAAGAUCGCUUUGUUCCGAGCGGUGCAAUACUUCAAGGAUCACGGUCUGCAAACUGAGCGGGCCGAGUUCGACAAUAUAAACAACAGUUUGCAGAUGUCCGUUUGUACCCUGCAAUCGCUCGAAGACAUUCCGGAUUUGUUUGAGAACCGGGAGAACCCCAAGGAAAAAGUUAAUUUAAUCAUGGAGCUCGGAAGGACGAUGAUCGGUAGGUCACAGUUUACGCUGGCCGGAGUUGUGUUCAACAUUCUCAACGCGACCAAGUACAUGUUCACACCGGAGCAACAGGAACAGUACCUUCAAAUGGCUGAAAAUCUUAAGAAGCAGAUCACGGAAACUCUCGGAACCGAUGGAGUAUUGUUUCUGCCAACGUUCCCAACGGCGGCACCGCGUCACUACGAAUCAUUCGGACUAAUCACCGGUGUCACAUAUUCGAUGCUGUUCAAUGCGCUUGGCUUGCCAGGGACUCAUGUUCCACUGGGCUUCAACCGUGCGGGACUUCCCAUCGGCAUACAGGUAGUAACUGCUCCGUAUCAGGAUCGGUUAGGUUUGUGCAUAGCCCGGGAACUGGAAGCAGCCUUCGGUGGAUGGAAAGCUCCAAAAUAAGCAGAGCAAAAUCAGCAGAGAGGCAGAACACGUGUGAUAUAAAACGAUACCAAAAGCAGGGUUCAAUUUCGGUGACCAGUGAAAGCGGCCAGGUGCCGCAGUCAAUGUGCCUUAAUUAUGAAUAGCAUUUAACUACACCAAAACGGGAAAAAUAAAUCUAAGUUUAAUGUUUUAAAAACCAUUUUACUCAAACAAAUAUCAUAAAUCACUUCCCAAUGUCAGAUUGGUGGCACAAGAACCCCAAAAGGUGAACCCAAUUUCUGUCACAUCAAACAUAUUGUAAUAUGUUGAAAUCAACGUAGCACCGAUGCCGAACAGUAUCACGGCUGCUGAAAGUAUGCAGUCACUAUACAUGAACCGACAGAAACGGACAAUUUGAUCGUUACAGAUCGAGAAGCAAUCUUCGAAGAAGUAAACCUUCGUUCGGGGUGGUCGAAAUCCACUGGAACCUGGCCCAAUCGAUCCGUAGGCGCUUUGGAAGAUCAACGGUUCCAGAUCGUCAUGACUUGUUGCAGAGGCAUCUUUGAUUUGAAUGCGUUCCAUCUCCUGGUAAUAGAUUGUCUCCAAGCUGGUCAUUUUCUGGUAAAACAGUGGGGGCAGUAUGAAAAUUAGAGGCCCUGUUAACGUUCCACCAAUGAUGCUCAUCACUACAUCGAACCGGGGAAGAAUUUCCGCGAUUAGAACCGCUAACCAUACGAGGAUUGACCGGAUGAUGCAUCGUUUGAAUGUGAAGUCUAAAACGAAAAUAAAAUAAAAAGGUUGAAUCAAUCAAUCGAAACAUUAAA